UCUGUUCUGCCCAUCCCCUAAAACAAUUAAUGGUUAUGCUCCUCAGUACACGACAAUCAUAACGUAAUCUAAUCUCUUCCUAUGAGUUCACAUCGCGCGCGCUCUCUCUCUCUUUCUCUCUCUCUCUUCCUAUGAGUUCUGAUCUUCGUUCUGGGCUCUUUGUACUUUCUUAAGAAUUUAAUUCAAAAGGAGCUUUCUAUUUCUUUUUUCUUUUUCUUGCUUGGAAGAUACCAAUACAAACACUUUCUCUUUCAUUAAAGCAGAAAAAAGAAAAGACCCUCUUCCAAUCUCAUUUCCUUUUGUUUUUUCCGUUUCUUUAUUUGAUCGUGUCGGUGAUUUACAGCAAGUACUAGUUGUUAAACCAAGAAGAAGAAGAAGAAGCUGACGCUUCAGAAAUUCAAAAGAAAGAAGAAAGGAAGUGAAAGAGUGAACAAAAGCAAAUCAAAAGAUGGGGGAAACAGGCCACCACCAACACCAGCAGCCUCCGCCAGUACUGGUGGCUCCGCCGCCAUCUCAGAUGCCUCUUGGGGCGGCAAGGGGUCCCACUUGGGCUCCAACUGAGCAACUCCAUCAGCUUCAGUUUUGCAUCCACUCCAACCCCUCUUGGCCGGAAACAUUCCUACUGGCUUUUCAGCACUAUAUCGUUAUGCUUGGAUCCAUAGUUAUAAUUGCAAGUACUUUUGUGCCUCGUAUGGGUGGGGAUCAUGGUGAUAAAGCCCGCGUGAUUCAGACGAUGCUGUUUAUGGCAGCAAUAAACACAUUGCUUCAAACAAUCCUCGGGACAAGGCUUCCAACAGUGAUGACUGCUUCAUUUUCUUUUACCCUGCCACUGUUGUCAAUCAUCAAUGAUUAUUCUGAUCGGACUUUCAGAAGUGAACAUGAGAGGUUUGAGGUCACAAUGAGAACGAUUCAAGGGUCACUUAUUGUUUCUUCCUUCGUCAACAUCUUCAUUGGAUUUAGUAAGGCAUGGGGGAACUUUACAAGAUUCUUUAGUCCCAUUGUUAUCGUGCCAGUGGUUUGUGUGGUUGGUCUUGGUCUUUUCGCAAGGGGCUUUCCACUUCUUGGUAACUGUGUGGAGAUUGGCCUGCCUAUGCUGAUUCUGCUGGUCAUUUGCCAACAGUAUCUGAAGCGUGUUUUUCCCAGAGCCCAUUACAUACUUGAGAGGUUUGCUUUGCUUCUCUGCGUUGGGCUUAUCUGGGGAUUUGCUGCUAUCCUCACUGAGGCUGGUGCUUAUAACAAUGCUAAAGAGCAGACUAAACAAAGUUGCCGUACAGAUCGCACUUUCCUUAUAUCGUCUGCUCCUUGGGUUAGAAUCCCAUACCCAUUUCAAUGGGGUAAACCCAUAUUCAGAGCGAGCCAUGUCUUUGGCAUGAUGGGAGCAGCACUUGUUACAUCCGCAGAAUCAACUGGAACAUAUUUUGCAGCAGCACGGCUUGCAGGUGCUACGCCCCCUCCAGCAAGUGUAAUAAGCCAAAGUAUUGGCCUACAGGGUGUUGGAAUGCUGCUUGAAGGAAUUUUUGGUGCUGCUGUUGGUACAACUGCAUCCGUUGAAAAUGUUGGCCUCCUUGGAUUGACACACAUAGGGAGCAGGAGAGUGGUGCAGAUUUCAACUGCUUUCAUGUUCUUCUUCUCUAUAUUUGGGAAGUUUGGUGCUUUCUUUGCAUCUAUUCCUUCGCCGAUAUUUGCUGCCAUAUACUGCGUGUUAUUUGGGAUUGUUGCUGCUGUUGGGAUCACGUUCAUGCAAUUUGCAAAUAAUAAUUCCUUGAGAAACAUCUAUGUUUUGGGUCUUUCCCUGUUUCUUGGGAUAUCAAUACCUCAAUACUUUAUCAGUAACACGACUCCAAACGGUGUCGGACCAGUUAGAACAGAUGGAAUAUGGUUUGAUGACAUAGUGAACACGAUCUUCUCAUCGAGCCCGACAGUGGCAAUAAUUGUCGGGACGCUGCUCGAUAACACACUUGACGCCAAGCACUCAGCUGCUGACAGAGGGCUUGCAUGGUGGAGACCCUUCCAAAGCCGGAAGGGAGAUUCUAGAAAUGAGGAAUUUUACAGUCUACCUGUUAGGAUACGCGAGUACAUUCCCAGCAGAUAUCUGUGAAUGUAGUACAUAACAUGUGUAUAUUUGUUGUGUUUAUGUGCAUGACAUUGAGGCUUGUUAUUAAUUAUAUAUAUAACCAUACGCCCCUUGAUUUUUUUUCUUUC